GCUGGGAUGCAACGCUUGCUGAUGUUGCAAUGGUAAAGGGAGUCUGAAGUGCCAUUUGGAGACUGGAGAGAAGAAAAUUACAGGGACCAGAAAAGGACUAGGGAGUAAGUAUUGAGCGGAGGAAACUGGAAAGGAGAGAGAGAGAGAGAGAGAGAGAGAGACCACACUACAAUAUUAUGAGCCUAAGAAAGCUGUUUUAGGGAUUUGGUAAAUUCUGGGAACGUCGCUUCAAAGUCUUAAUCGCAACAACAAUAACAACAAGGCCACUGACUCUCUGAAAAGUGUUGCCAAGAAAAACAGCGGUUUUUAUGGGACUCUCAGGACAAAAGCCCAAGCUGUUUUGUAACCGAAAUAAGACCCAAAGAAGAUGAAUUCAAUGCUUGCAUAACCGUCGCCUCUUUCUCUUUCUUUUUCUUUCGCCAUUAAUGGGGUAGCCUUUUACUGCUUCAACACUUUUCCCUUGAUCUUGUUUUUAUUACUAUAUAUUUUCUUUCACACUCCACUGGGAUUCUAUUCUUUACUCUCUCUGAUGGCUCAUGUUGAGACUAAUUUCGGGGCUGCUUCGAUUUCUCAUGAUGAAAGAGGAGGAGAUGAUCUGUAUAAGGAACUAUGGAAGGCAUGUGCAGGUCCAUUGGUGGAUGUUCCAGUGCCUGGAGAGAGAGUUUUCUAUUUUCCUCAGGGUCACAUGGAACAACUGGAAGCAUCAACAAAUCAGGAACUGACUCAACAAAUCCCACGGUUUAAUCUUCCUUCCAAGAUCCUUUGCCAAGUUGUUAACAUUCAACUACUGGCAGAACAAGAGACAGAUGAGGUUUAUGCUCAGAUCACUCUGCACCCAGAACCAAAUCAAGCAGAGCCUACAAGCCCAGACUCCUGCUCGCCUGAACCACAAACGCCAACUGUUCAUUCAUUUUGCAAAAUUUUAACGGCUUCUGAUACUAGCACCCAUGGAGGGUUUUCUGUUCUUAGAAAGCACGCCACUGAAUGCUUGCCUGCAUUGGACAUGAACCAAGCAACCCCAACUCAGGAACUGGCUGCCAAAGAUCUUCAUGGGUAUGAGUGGCGAUUUAAACACAUAUUUAGAGGUCAACCUAAGAGACAUUUGCUUACAACUGGGUGGAGUACAUUUGUCACUUCCAAGAGAUUGGUUGCAGGAGAUGCUUUUGUUUUUCUGAGGGGUGAUGAUGGGGAAUUGAGAGUUGGGGUUCGGCGUCUUGCUCGUCAGCAAAGCCCCAUGCCUUCAUCUGUGAUAUCCAGGCAGAGCAUGCAUUUAGGAGUGCUUGCUACUGCUUCCCAUGCUGUUACAACACAGACCCUCUUUGUUGUGUACUACAAGCCUAGGACGAGCCAAUUUAUUAUUGGCUUGAACAAAUAUUUGGAGGCUGUCAACCAUGGAUUUUCUGUUGGCAUGCGCUACAAGAUGAGAUUUGAGGGAGAAGACACUCCUGAGAGGAGGUUCACAGGAACUAUAGUUGGAGUUGGAGAUAUUUCUCCACAGUGGACAGGCUCUAAAUGGCGGUCAUUGAAGAUACAAUGGGACGAGCCAGCAACAAUUCAAAGGCCAGAGAGAGUUUCUCCAUGGGAUAUAGAGCCUUUUGCAGCUUCUGCUUCUAUAAAUCCUCCUCCAACAGUGGUAAAGAGUAAAAGGCCUAGGCCCGUGGGUACUCCUAUGUCAGAAAUUACUACCAAUUCAACUACUUCACCUUUCUGGUACCAUGGAUCAACCCACUCCCAUGAUUUAAGCCAACUGGGUAGUGCUGCUGAAGCUCAAAGCUGUGUAAGCCAAGUUGUUUGGUCCAUGAGGCAGAAGGAAAUUGAUAGCAGUGUUCUCAAUGGCAGCAGCUGCUGUAACUCAAGGGUCCGACCAGAGGGCAUAUGGCCACCUUCUCCUCACAUGAAUGUCUCGCUCAGUCUUUUCCCUGAUUCAGCUGAUGACAACAGAAAAAUAACGCAGUCUUUCGUCUCUGGCUAUUCAUCUUCUGUUCCAUUAAGGCAAAGCGAUGGCCUGAUGCAUGACCAGGUGGAGAAAGGGAAAAAAUAUGAAAAUUCUGUAGGCUGCCGUUUGUUUGGAAUUGAUUUAACAAACAAUUAUAGUGCUGCUGGUUCGCCAGAGGAGGCUUUGUGUACAACUGUUGACCCCAAUGGCACCAGAAGACCUGUUGCAGCUCCAGAUGAUUUUGAUAAGGCUCAUAAUAUGGAUGUUUCCAAGUCCUCGAAACAACAGAAGCAAAUUGCAUCAGAUGCAUUGCCAAGGGAGACACAUGGCAAGCUGGGUACUACUUCCACAAGAACUCGUACCAAGGUGCAAAUGCAAGGAGUUGCUGUUGGUCGUGCUGUUGAUCUAACAGUGUUGAAAGGGUAUGGGGAUCUUGUAAAAGAGCUGGAGGAAAUGUUUGAAAUCAAAGGAGAGCUUUUUACUCAGGAGAAAUGGGCUGUUGUAUUUACUGAUGAUGAGGGUGAUAUGAUGCUCGUGGGUGAUGAUCCAUGGCUGGAGUUCUGUAAGAUGGUUAAGAAGAUACUAAUCUAUUCAAGUGAGGAAGUAAAGAAGAUGAGCACAAGAUAUAAGUUUCUUGCAUCAUCUCUAGAGGAUGAAGGGACAAUUGCAAGCUUGGACUCACAGCAUAAGUCUGAGACCUGAAAAGUUUGGAACCUUUGAUUUGUAUAGUUUUAUUUAAUUUUUCUUUGGUUUGGGAUGGCGAAAGGAAGGUCCUGUUGGUGGGGUUCAGUUUGCUCAGUUUUUUUUGAGCGUGCACUUGGAUGGAGAUGGGUGAAGGAAAAGCAUGUUGGGUCUUUGAUUAAGGGUGUAGUGAAGACAAUGGACUGGAGGAACUUAGCUAGUCAGGGUUAGAAAUGGAAUUUGUGUUCUUUGUUUGUGGGUUGGUGUGGACCUAAAUUAAUCACCCUGUAAAAAUAUAUAGAUAUGUAUGCUGGUGUUUUGGUGGCA